AUGGCCAUUGUUGGCCCGGACUAUAAAUUUAUAUGUGUUGAUAUUGGUGGUUUCGGAAAAAAUAGUGAUGGGGGUAUUUUCGAAACCUCAAACAUGGGAAAACGAUUUGAACAAAAUUUAAUGAGUGUCCCUGCACCUAGAUUUCUCCCUGGGCAAAAUGAAAUCUGCUCGUACGUCUUAAUUGGUGAUGAAGCAUUUGCUUUAAAACCAUACCUUAUGAGACCAUUUCCUUAUAAGCAGACUUUAGCAGACGUCAGAAAAGAGAAAUACAAUGUAAGACUUUGUCGAGCUAGAAGGGUCGUGGAAAAUGCGUUUGGUAUUUUGUCUCAAAAAUGGCGAAUAUUUUACAGGCCAUUAGAAACUAAAGUAGAUACUACUAUUCUAAUUGUACGUACGGCAUGUGUUUUACACAAUUUUUUACGAAGUAAAAGUGGCGAUGACAAAUAUUUUCAAUUCUUAGAUCCCCCAGAACCCGUGCUUGGAGCUUUUACUGAUAUAGCAAAUGAUCCUCGGCGGGCAGCAAGGCUAGCAUUUUCUACUCGUGAUAAAUUCGUAAAUUAUUUUAAUUCUGAUAUGCCUAUGCCCAAUAUAUAG